AAUUUUUGUGACAGUUCGUUGAAAAGUUUCGUUUAAGCUUCAACCGUGUCUAACGGGUUUUUCGCCGCAAAGAACCCCUUUUUGUGUUUAAAAUAAAAAUAUGUUGAAGCUUAUCUUCCUUGCCGUUCUAUUGUCAUUGUUGAAAUGUGGACAGGCUCAAGUUUCCUUCACCAAUCAGCUCUGCACGGCGCGAAAUCCAAAAAUUGUGGGCGGUAGUGAGGCGGAACGCAACGAAAUGCCCUUUAUGGUCAGUCUUAUGCGUCGUGGUGGCCACUUCUGCGGCGGCACCAUCAUCUCGGAACGUUGGAUCCUCACGGCAGGUCACUGCAUCUGCAAUGGCUUGCAGCAGUUCAUGAAACCGGCACAAAUCCAGGGUGUUGUAGGGCUCCACAGUAUCCGGGAGUAUCUGAAUGGUAUUGGCAACGGUCCGGAUGCAUUAAGGGUGGAUUUUAAGAACAUAGUGCCGCAUCCAAAGUAUGACUGCAAUGAUGUGAAACAUGAUAUAGCCCUUCUGGAGCUGGUGCAGCCUAUAAAAUUCAGCUCCCACAUCCAACCAAGCUGCGUGGGCUCCGACAAAGGGCAGCGAAGUUUGGAGCAGGAAUACGGCACAGUAUCCGGAUGGGGUUGGACCCAUGAGAACCAGGCCGAAGGUGAUCGAUCCGAUGUGCUGCGCAAAGCUUCUGUAAGGAUUUGGAGCAACGAAGACUGCGAGAGGUCGUACAGAUCACAGGGAAAGAGCAACACCAUCGGAGAUACCCAAUUGUGUGCUGGGUAUGAGAACGGUCAAAUCGAUUCGUGUUGGGCCGAUUCUGGUGGCCCGUUGAUGUCCAAGGAACAUCAUUUGGUUGGCGUCGUUUCCACGGGCAUCGGAUGUGCGCGUCCUGGCUUGCCUGGCAUUUAUACGCGCGUCAGCAAAUAUAUUCCCUGGAUGCAGAAUGUGAUAGCUGGAAGAAAGUAGCUAGCCGUAUACGUUCU